UCAACAGAUUCAUCCUGCAAAACCCCUCACAAUCUCAUCUGGUUUCCCUCCUCUAACUUCCACCAGCAAAACAAUGCUGACCAAAACCACCAGCUUCCCUCCUAAACUAGCUUCAAAUUCACAACUUAAAACCCAUGAAAUGGCACCAAAAUCAUCCCCUGAUCAAAAACCCACGAAAGCAACACCACCAUCUCCUGCAGCUCUGAAGAAACUCAUCACCGCCAUGGACAUCAAGAAGAGAUGGACAUCACCAUUGCCUUCUCUGAAUGCACCACCAUCCAUGGUCCUCCUGCUGCUGCUCGUCUCCAUGGCGGCGGACGGCACCGGCCGCCACCGUGCCGCGGCGCAGGUGUUCUGCCGGUCGCAAUUCAACCUUGCCAACGAGGCCUGCAGCUUGCGCACCUUCUCCGGCCCCAACCCGGCACAGCCGCUGCAGCUGCGGAACGCAUCAGCAGUGUCGUACGAGCUGCAGGCAGACCACCACGACCACGCCCACGAGCACGAGCACGAGCGGGAGCACACCCACAGCCGGCGGCACGGCCUUGGGCACGGCGGCCACGACCCCUACGACACGGCGUGCUGCCGCCGCCUCAUGGGCAUCGACAACGCCUGCAUCUGUCAGGCCAUGUCCUUCCUCCCCGUCUUCAUGAGCAGGGUCAAACACGCCAUCAAGCUCACCCCCGUCCCCGGCUGCGACGUAUCCUUCGAGUGCGCUGCCGUCUACUGA